UUUUCUACAUGCGCGAUGAUAAAUUCGUCGGUUCCAUUUCUUUGCGACAACUAGGCCGCGGCGGCAUAUCUUCAGAUACAAAAGAGAAAUAGAAAUAUGAAGGGUCGUAGUCCUUUCCUGCUCGGUCUUCCUGCCCUCUAUGGCGUUGGAGCCGCCAGAACGAAGGGUGAUGCUGUAGGGAAGGUGAUGGAGAUGCUGUCAAAAAUGAUAGCAGAUGGCGAAGCGGGCAAGGCGAAGGAGGCAGAAAUAUUCAAGGGCAUAGAAAAAUCAGUAGCAAACACAAUAACAGAAACGAACAUCGAAAUUGAACAUCAAAUAGAGAUGGUCGAGAAAUACACGGCGUGCAAGGAAGCGGUAUAAUGACCUCUAUGGUUAUGGAGAAUUUUUCCGACCGCGAUCUUUCAUCGGAUGUGUUUCUCUUUGAUGUGGUGACCGUGUAAUUAUGAGAUAGUUGUUCUCUAUUCUCUUUUUCAUCAUGUAUGCUGGUUAGUAGGUGAAUCAAUUCCUGUUCGGAUAUAUAACUGCCGAGAUUAAGAAUCCUAUCUUCCCCAUACAUCAGUCCGCCGCCGAGGCUUCGUUGCUAGGAAACGAGGUAGAAGGCCUUCAAAAAGAGAAUAGUGAGAACGCCGCAGAAUUAUCUGCGAAGACAGCGCUGAGGAAAGAAGAAAAUGUUAAGGCUUAAGACUCAUACCACGCUAUAUUCUGCAUCUGACUGCAGCAUCCGCAUCUACAUGCAUCUUUUGUUCAGAGCCAGGUAAAAAAAGUAAAAAAAAGCUAGAGCUUGACAAGGAUGUGCCUCUGCACGUAGUUUCAGAAAGAACGCAGCGUGGUAAGCACGAGCAUCCGCUUCUCUAAUAAUCCAGAAUUUUUGAAGACCGAGAAGGAUCUGAUGGAAUCAGUAGAUGCCCUCACAAGGGCCAUCCAAGUGAUCAAAUCACAGCCAGACAGCGUUAGCGCUGAAUUUCUGCAGAACACUCUAUCAAAAGUAGCAACCGGAACAAAGGCUACGGCCGACUUGGAGGCAUUUCUGCAGCAACCGCAAUCCACAAAAACAGCAUACGAUAACCAGAGUGGUAUUGUUAUACUGUUCUUACGAUGAGAAACAACCUAUGGCGCAUAUCUUCUGAUUUAGGAAUGACCCCGAUAUUAUGUGACCCAUGGAUUUGUCAUCACUCAUCCGUUCGAGUGAAUCUAAAAAAUCUAAAUAUUUUUUUCUCCAUUUAUCAUUCAGCAACUAUAAAACAAGUGUAAGAAUAAUCUUCAUUCAGGUGGGCUCAUGCAGAUGCUCGAUGAUCUUCUCGCCGAUUUUUCGAAGCAAUUGAAGGACGCUCAGAAGGGCGAGUCGAACUCAGCACACGCUUUCACGAUGUUCAAGAUGGACAUGGAGAACGAAAUUGAGAAUAUUGAUAGGCAGAUCUCAUCGAAGACGCAAACCAAGGGUGAGGCAGAAGCAAAGUCGGGAGAGUGUGCUACUAAGGAGGCGACAGCGGCGGAUGCAUUGGCGUCAGCGAAGAAAAUGCUCAAGGAAACGAAGAUGUACUUCAAGGUAUACUUUUUAGUUCUUCGGGGAUAAUCUUUGAUGUUGAGUAGAUUCAAAAAAUUUGGAUGUCUAUGGACGAAGAAAAAACCACUCACCAGGCCCAGUCCGACUCCUUCGCGCAGAACCAGAAGGUGCGAACGGAGGAGCUUGAGGCCCUCAACAAGGCCAUCGAUAUCAUGAAGGGCGAUGCUGUUACCACCGGAGCUGAAAAGCAUAUUCCAGGCUUUCUUCAGGAAUCAUCGUCAAAGUCGUUCCUCCAGCUAUCCAGUGUCAAGCUUGGCCAGAUGCCAGAUCCGCGGUUCACUCGAGUUGAGGAGCGAUUGAGCCAGGUCAAAAGCAAGCGAUUGGCGAUGUUGUCGGUGCAAAUGAUGACCGGAGGAACGUUCGAUAAGGUACUGUACUUAUUGAUGAUACUUAUUGAUACUUCAGAUGAUGCUUUAGUACUCAGCAAAAGAGAUAAAAGGUCGUAUUGGAAUUUAGAUUUUUUAGAUUUCGAUAACCGACAGCACGAUAAUUCAUUGUAAAACGCUUGCUUCCUCUUUCCCCAACACAGAUUAUCGGAAUGAUCAAGGAGAUGAUCGACACUUUGACGAAGGAAAUGGAAGAAGAGAUGGCCCAUAAGGCCUGGUGCGACAAGGAGCUUUCCACUACCGAAAAGGACCGCGAUACUUACCGAGGCGAAGUUGAUGCCUUGACCGCCAAGAAGGAGGGUUUAGAGGCUAAGAAGGCUGCGGCAGAAGAGGAAAUCGCGCGAUUGACUACGGAAACCUCAGAAUUGAAGAAGACCAUCGCUGAAACGACUGCGGAAAGACAGGCUGAGAAGAAAGAGAAUGAACGUACUAAAAGUUUUGGAUUAGGAUUUGGUUAAAAAACAACAAUGAGUAUUCAUAAUUAUAAAUCUUCCUCCAAUUAUUAUGCGAAUCUCUUGGUGAAUGGCCUCACUUAGGAUCGAAGUCAUCUCUUUAUUCCCCACCCACACAUCGCAGAAACCAUCGCCGAAGCUUCCGCUGCCCAGCAGGCUGUCGCUAAGGCAAUCGAGGUCUUAGACGAAUUCUAUGGGAAGUCGGCUUUGUUGCAAACUACGGAGUCUCAACCGGUGAUCGAAUCCUACGGUGGUAUGGGAGACUCGAACACUGGAGUCGUCGGAUUGAUGCAGACUAUUUAUGAUUGGAGCUUGUGUUUAUAAGUCGUGAUUUCUGGAGGACGAAGAAAGCACGGGCAGUGACAGACAUGGCUAAAGAAAGAUUUAGAUUUCAGCUCGAAGAUUCGGAUUUUCAUUUUUUGUUCAAUUCAGGAGUUGCCAUCAUCAUCAUGUCGUGAAUUAAAACUUGCGUCAGCCCCAUACUCAAUUCCUCUUUCAUCUUUUCGAGUCCAAGUUUUCCGAGUUGGAAUCCGAUACUCGCGCAGCGGAGAGCAUGGCUGCUACUACCUACAAGGAGUUCAUGGCUGUGUCCAAGAAGCAACUGGAGAAGAACCGUGAUGCCAUUUCCGACACCAAGAUUGAGGCGAUCAAGCUGGAUGCCGACAUCGCACGCACCGAGAAGGCGCUAACUGCCAAGACCAACUCGCUGAAGGCUGCGCAAGAGUACUGGGGCAGCCUACAGCCCAUGUGCGUGGUGAAGAAAGUGAGCUACGAAGAACGUGUCUCUAAGCGCGAAGAAGAAAUCGCAGCUCUGAAGGAGGCAUACAAGAUCUUGGAAGAACAGUAAUUAAAUGUGUUGAACAGAAGAACAGAAGGAUGGGCAAGUGUUAGAGACAGAUCCUUCUAGUAUAGCGGAUUUCAGUUUGUAGACUUUGUUUGUGUACCGCUCGAUUUUUUUGGAACCAAAGAACGUAGUGAAAAUGAACACCAUUUCGCUUGGAAAUGAACAGGUACAUGCAAAUGAACUCGUUUCGAUUUCCUUUUUUCUUUUCAUUCUUCCGGUUUCAUUUAUCUUUCAAUUCCAGACGCGUUCAAUUAUCUUUCAAUUCAACUGUCACUUCUUUCACUACUUUCAAUAUAAACACUAGUUCCAGACGCAGAUCACACCGACCACAGAUAUAUUUGUAAGCAUGUACGGCAACAUCGACACAGAUUCACCAUUUUACAAUUUGUCAACUACGGACGCAAGGUCGAUGAAAAGCAAAAAGAAUCAGAACGAGGAAAACGAAUCAGUGCCUGGGGAAGAAGAAACCGCCAUGCCUGGUGGGGCUUUCAACAGUGUGUGGAUGAUGGAGCGUCAGAUUUCGAAUCGGU